GGGUAUAAUUUCGAAAUUGUAGGGAUUAUUUGUAGGGAUAAUUGAGGAAAAAUGCGUAGGGAGAAAGUAGGGAGAAAACGCAUGCGCUGUAGGUAUAUCUGGCUUUCAUACAGUGGCAACCUUGCCACUUGUGCGCUAUGUCAGUUGAGCAAAGAAGGUCAGCUGCAGACAAGCAUGCUUGCGACUACUUUGACGUUAACAAGAACCAUCAGCUUUAUUGCUGGGAAUAUUUGUUAGAGAAAGUUGAGGUCAGUCCGCAUCAUCACGUACUCGACUUAGGCUGCGGUACGGGCGAUGCUGCGUCGAUUGUUGCGAAAACAAAGGCGACUAACGGCCUAGUGACCGCGUGCGACCCUGACUUGGAGCGGAUUAGAGUCGCCAAGCGGAAUCAUGCAGAAGUAAAAAAUUUGAAUUUUGUCCACGCUAAAGCGUCAGAAUUUCUCGUUGGUUUACGUGACAAUUUCGACGUUAUUUACAGCAAUCUUGUCCUGCAAUGGAUGUCAGAUUCUGAACUAGAAUCUGCAUUGAAAGGGAUGUACCAUUCUCUCAAAGACGGGUGCAUUACCGGACAUGUUUUUGCAGCUGCUGUCCCGCCAAAUAUGAAAGCUAUUAAAGAAUUGUUACCAGAAGUUCAACAAUCAAAAUUUGAAGUCAUCUUUCGCCCUCUUGAUCCAAAUAAGCUCAAGACCUUGGCCGAAAAGAUAGGAUUCGAAACAACAGCAAUCGUGGAUUACCCAAAAAUUUCACGUUUUGAGACGAUCAGCGAUUAUUUGAAGUGGCUUGAUGCAACAUUUCACGGAGACAUUAAUUUCAAAGAGGCUUGGCUGGGUAGUGCAGAAAAGCCACAACUGGACACGCUUGAUGAUGGCGCUUUAAAACAUCAUGCCUCGUUGUUCUUUGCUGCAUUUAGGAAACCGUAAAAAUGAAGGCAACCGCGUGAAACCGCUAGACCGCAGUUAAUACCUCAGUGGUUCUUUGAAGAUAUGCUUUCUUUUGUGUAAACGCAAACGUGCAGUCUAAAGACCCCCAAUAGUGUCUGCAAAUUCAUAAUUCAUAAUCUGCAAAUCGCUCAUAAUUCUCAUAAUUCAUAAGCUCGUAAUUCUGCAAAACAAUGGUUGAUGCUUGGCAACUAUGGUCGACAGACAUCUCUUCACUAUCCACAAAAACAUACUCUUUUACAGGAACAUACUUUAUAUUAACGUGAGGCAGUCGAUUUGUUAAAAGUACUUUACUUUCAUGUUGUGAUAUAGCAAUUUCCCUUACCUUUGAUCAGCUGAUACUUUGAAAGUAAUCCCCCCUCCCCCAGUCCCUUUCUAGUGUCACACCUGCUUCCUUCUGGCCCUCGGACCUUGAAUCUUGGUUUUGUGUAAAUACAUAUUCACAACCCCUACCCUAAAAAGAUUGUCAAAUUAUGUUCUAUUUAUGUUUUAUGAACCCACGAUUCCUUAUGAUUCCCAUGAUCCCAAUUUCAUUCCCACCCCCCUUGUUGCCAAAACGUGUGGCCACUUAUGAACACGACAUAAUUUUGUCUUUUUGAUUAAGCUUUAGUUUUGUAAUCGUAGUAUCGUAAUCAUACUAUCAUACUUUAAUAAUCGACCGAAUUUUUAAAGAUAGGACUUUUUAUAAGAUAUUAACAAAUUUACAAUUAAUUCUGUGUCCUUAGUUUCUCUUAAAGUAGUAUGCUUAUGAAGAAAUUAAAUAUUGAGAUAAAAUGAAAUUCAUUAAUUUUA